AUGUAUCAAUGUAAAAAUACUCAGGGAAGCUUUCGUUGUGUACCUAAGCGUUGUGAAGAUAAUCAAGUUUUGGACCCUGGAACUGGGGAAUGCAAAUCAGUAAAUUGUCCGCCUGGAUAUAGGCCCAGAGAUGGACGUUGUGAGGAUGUUGAUGAAUGUAGGGAAAAGGCUAUUGCUUGUCCUAUUUAUGAGGAAUGUGUAAAUACACCAGGCUCGUUUCGUUGUCAAGAGCAAGGGAAUGUUUGUUCUAAUGGAUAUUAUAUGGACAGAGAGAGUGGAUUUUGUCUUGAUAUUGAUGAGUGCCAACGUGGAACACAUACUUGCACAUCCAUUGCUGAUUGCAUUAAUCUUCCAGGAAUGUAUCGUUGCAAGUGUGCUACAGGCUUUGAAUUUAAUGAAUAUACAAUGCGUUGCGAAGACAUUGACGAAUGCAUUAAAUUUUCUGGGCAUGCCUGCUCCUUACAAGCCGAUUGUGUUAAUUCUAUUGGCUCUUAUCAAUGUAUAUGCAAACCUGGAUUUAGUUUAGCUGCAGAUAAUAGAAGUUGUGAUGAUAUAAACGAAUGUGAGUUGGGUAUAGCCAAAUGUCAACAAAAAUGCAUUAACUCACCAGGCUCUUAUCAAUGCAUUUGCGAUCGAGGUGAUAAUUUCCUGAAAUACUUAAGACCAGAGAAAAUAUUUUUAGGGUAUCAAUUGGGAAUAGACGAAGCCACAUGUGAAGAUAUUGAUGAAUGCAAAAUUUGGGCCAAGUCGGGAAAUGAAUUAUGUAUGGGCAAAUGUAUAAAUACUCCAGGGUCGUUUCUUUGUACAUGUCCAGAAGGUUAUCAAGUCAUGUCUGAUGGAAUUACUUGUAAAGAUAUUGAUGAAUGCUCAGAAAACUCAAAUCUGUGUAAUAUUGACCAAAUUUGCAUUAAUUUAUUGGGCAGCUUUAAAUGUGAACGGAUUGAUGUCCACGUAAUUAUAUCCCUGACAAGACUUUUAAAAAGUAAAAUGCAUAGUUUUUAA